GCAGCUGAUGAAAUAACGACGCUGCUUACAAUGCCAUCCGCUGCACGUACCAUAUAUUCCUUUUACCUAACGCUUUAAGGUUGAAUGCGUCCCUCCUCCCUUGGCAUCUGAAGCCACAAGUCACAGACAUCUUACUUCCUCUUCCAUGGACAAGCGGAGCUGCAGACUGCAGCUGGAGACCACCCACCGUGAAUCCGAAGAAGUCAGUAGCAAGGAGUGGGAGUUCAUCCACAUGUCGGAGCAAGAGGAAGACCUCAUCCGCAGGAUGUAUCGGCUUGUUGGCGACAGGUGGGAGCUCGUAGCAGGGCGAAUCCCGGGGAGGAAGGCGGAGGAGAUCGAGAGGUAUUGGAUAAUGAGGCAUGGCGAGAGCUUCGCGGAGAAGCGGCAGAAGAGGGAGGCAGGUGAGGGCGGGCGGUGUGAGGGAAGAAGAGCACCAUGAUGAUGAGGUGAUGCAGCUGCAGCUGCAGCUGUUGUGUUCUUGGUUGACUGCUGCUUUCUUAAUAGACAUGGCGAGAUGGGACUGUAUCCCUUCCUCCACCAUUUCCUACCUCUGCAAUCUGCAAUCUGUAAUCACCAUGGCCCCCUGGAACUCGGAAGUUUAUGCCUA